AGAAGAAUAGAAGUCAUCUUGUCUUCAAUUAACGGCACUAAAUCCAAAAUAUUGCAGAUAUGGCUAGUGAGUUCGCGGGUGAUGCCGAUGCUUCAUCUGGGGCACCCCAUUUUCCACAUGGAUGAAAACAAUCACACGCUUACGGCUCAGAAUGGAUUUGGUAGCAGAGAGGCAUACUUCAAACAAAAGCUCAAUCAUAUUAAUGAUGAUGGAAAUACCUGGCCUCAGCGCUACUUCUACAGUCAACGAUACUAUCGCAAAGGCGGAAAAGUCUUUUUCUUGAUGCUGGGAGGAAUGGGUGUUAUGGAUAUCAAUUGGGUAACUAAUGAGAAACUUCCAUUUGUACAGUGGGCAAAAGAGAGAGGAGCUGUGUUGUACGCUCUUGAGCAUCGUUUCUACGGAAAAAGUCGUCCAACCCCCAAUCUCUCUGUAAAGAAUCUUGGCUACUUAACCAUCGAUCAGGCUAUCGGUGAUGUCGCCAACUUCAUUAAAGAGAUGAACGCCAAGCACAGAAUCAGAGACGAAGACGCGAAAUGGAUAGUGUUCGGAGGGUCGUAUGCUGCCUCUCUAGCCCUAUGGGCUCGACAAAAAUACCCAGAUUUAAUCGCUGGAGCAGUUGCCAGCUCACCGCUGAUGCGUCCAAGGUUCGACUUCUGGGAGGGAACACAAUUUGCUGAAGAUAUCUACCGCAAAACCGACGCGACAUGCGCCGAAAACAUUGAGAUUGCGUUCCAACAGUUGGCCGAUAUGCUUGGAAUAAAGUUCGAGCUCCCCAUGAUCCAAGUGAUCUCAAUACCCAGAGUCCACAGAGGACGACCAAGUGGGUUUGAUCUGGUUGCACCCAAAUCGGCUUAUUUGAAGUCCAGGCUGGCAAACUUCAAAGCUAGAAUGACAAGUGAUUUGAAUGCGGAGAACAGCCAGAAGGAAGCUCAAAUGGGUUGGGGACCAAAUGAUCAUUCUAGAAGAGCUCCUAGAAGAAAGGUAAAGAUAACUUCGAUCACAACAAAACCUCGUUUCUGGCUUGCGGAGCAUAGAAAUAUACAGCUGCUCACGUCCAUUCAACUGAACAACUUCAUAUCAGCCGUGCAAUUCCGUGCGGGUCCAUAUAUGCAAAAUGGUAUCGCCUUGAAUAACACAGAGGCUGUUUGUACUGUUAUGAAUGAUCAAUCUUUGGAUCAGAUAACCGCCCUUCAACAUAUCAAUGGAGCUAGAGUUCUACAGAGCAAAUAUUUGCACGACAUGCCAGAAAACACGCCAGCUGACUAUGAUGCUUUGCUCAAAUAUCUUCUCCAGAAGGAUUUCGAUGAGGAGGGCUGGGCCUCCGUCGAUCGUGCAUCAUUGUGGCAGAGGUGUACAGAACUUGGCACUUUCCCUACAACUGAUGGAGCCAUAAACAGCAUCUUCGGCACACUUGUUUCCAUAGACUUCUACGCCGACCUUUGUCAAGUGUUUGGUGAAGAGUUCGAUGCCCAACACAUUGAGCGAGCUGUCGCGGCAACAACACUCAAAUAUGGCGGAGCACAUGGAUACAAGGGUACAAACGUUGUGAUUGCCAACGGCGGAGCCGACCCGUUGCAUGUAUUGAGCAAAAUCACAUCAACUGAUCCUACCGUUGUUACGUACGUAGUCAAGGAUAGCUUCCACUGCGGCGAUAUGUUCCCUUACGAGUUCAGGAAACUUUCACAAGCUGCAAUCGGCAUGCAGGAACUUUUCCAACUCAUUCCUCAGAACAUCGACAAUUGGAUUUCGGGUGUUCCAAGCCCAUUCCACAACGUCAAUCAGCAAGAACAGCCCCUGGAAGUAUCAGAAGAACCACAGCUGAUGGAGGAACCCGAGCUACAGGAGUUGUUCCAUCCUCUUGAAGGAUUGAAAAACCCCUUCAAACCCACAAAACAGCAACGACAACGAAACUCUGCCGAUGAACUGACACCUGAAGAAUCGCGCAUACUUCGACGAGUGCACUUGGGUAGACCGCCACAUGGACUUUUCCCUGAUCCAGACCCGCUGCCAGAUAUGCCAGUGGAAUACGAAGCCGGCUACUUCACGCAGCCCGUAGACCAUUUCAACAAUAAAAAUCCGUAUACUUUCGAACAGAGAUACUUCAAAAAUGAACAAUGGGCGAAGCCGAACGGUCCGAUAUUCCUAAUGAUCGGCGGUGAAUCACCAAGAGAUCCUUCAUGGGUACUUAAUGAGGACCUGACCUAUCUGAAAUGGGCGGAUGAAUUCGGAGCAACUGUCUACGUUCUCGAGCACAGAUACUACGGAAAGAGCGAUCUGUUCGAUUCUCUUGACCCGGCCGUUUCGAAGAAGAAUACGUACACUACCUACCUCUCAUCGCUACAAAUGCUGUACGAUGUGGCCAAUUUCAUUCGGGCAGUCGAUGCGGAAAGGGGACAACACGGCAAAUGGAUCAUGUUCGGUGGAUCGUAUGCUGACUACUAUCAAGUGGUAGAGAAAUCAAUCCGAAGCUACAGUGAGGAUUGUGCUUAUGCUAUUGCAGAGGGCUUCGAUGACAUAGGCCAGCGAUUGCUUAAGGAAAAAGGACGCGCACAACUGACAGACAUUUUCAAGCUAAAUCCUCCAUGGGAUGAUGUCUCUGAUGUCUUCGAAAUUGAUAAGCAAUUCUUCAUUUCGAACCUUAUUGACAUGUUUGCAAGUGCUGUCCAAUACAGUGGAGAUAACCGAGGGCAAUAUGCACACGGCUAUGGCAUUCCGGACAUGUGCAAAAUAAUGACCAAGCAAGGACGCAAACCUAUCAAUAGCAUUGCCGCUUUCAAUGAAUACAUGACAAAUAUGUUUACGGGUGAUACUGAAUUCGAAAGUAUGUUCAACAGCUAUGACGACCUUAAGAGACUGCUAUACAAGGCUCAAUUCUCAACUAAUCCUAAGGAAGCAGCUGGAACGCUCUGGUUAUGGCAGACAUGCACGGAAUUCGGCUUCUACCAGACAACUGACUCUGGCUACAGCCUUUUCGGCAACCUUCUACCACUCAACUUCUACACACAGCUGUGCUCGGAUGUAUUCGGACUGAAGACAUCGUACUCGGCGAAAAACAAUCGACGAGCCACUCUCAGUGCGAACAAACGGUACGGAGGCCGAUUCAACUAUGGAAAAGAUCCAAUGGUGGUAAUGACCCAUGGAUCUCUCGACCCGUGGAAUGCACUUGGCAACGUAACAUGCGAACCAGAUGACAACUGCUUCAUGAUUAAAGGAACCGCACAUUGCGCAGAAAUGUAUCCUGCCCGAGAUAAAGACGAACAAGAUCUUAAGGACACUCGUGAAAAAAUCAGAGGAAUUCUCAAGAAAUGGAUAGAGGGGAAUCGCAACUCAAAGGGUGGGGACACUGAGAAACGUGAACCGUCAAACAAAGUUGAAACCAGCUCUCCAUUUGCUCCAAUCGCUCCAAUCGCUCCAGUCGUACCGAGCAAUCAGAUAAAAGAACCUCCGGUUUCCGCCGAAAACGAUCCGAAAAAGAAAGCUGCCGGUAAGAUCAAUAUCAUAUCAUUACAGAUGUCGAAGUUUCAUCCGUUGGGGGUCCACGGCAACCAACGUGCUGAUUUCUUCCAUAACAGCAAUGGUAUUCUUCCAGAGGGCUCUUCUAUACUAGAAAGGAACUUAACCGUCUUGUUCGAUUCAUUGCCUUGCUUAUGGCUGGUGAGUUCGGGGUUGCCAAUGCUUCAUCUGGGACAUCCCAUGCUUCCCAAGGAAAGAAACUAUCACACUGAAACGAUUCUGAGUCAAGGUGGAUUCGCUGGCAGACAGACAUAUUUCAAGCAGAAACUUGAUCAUUUCGAUGAAAAAGAAAAGGCCACAUGGUCUCAGCGCUAUUUCUACAACAAGCGAUAUUUUCCCAAAGGCGGAAACGUCGUCUUUUUGAUGCUGGGAGGAAUGGGAGUUCUAGAAAUUGAUUGGGUGACUAAUGAGAGACUUCCAUUCGUGCAGUGGGCAAAGGAGAGAGGAGCUCUGAUGUUCGCUCUCGAGCACCGUUUUUAUGGAAAGAGUCGUCCAACCGCGUUGGUUACAACUAUUUUCACGUACUUAAAGGGCUUCUUAAACGAUCUGUCCGUGAAGAACCUCAAAUAUUUGACCAGUCAACAGGCAAUCGAGGAUAUCGCCACUUUCAUCAAAGCAAUGAAUGACAAGCUUGGACUCAAGAACGCGAAAUGGAUUGUGUUCGGCGGAUCGUAUGCUGGCUCCCUAGCCCUAUGGGCUCGACAAAGUCAUCCGGUUUUAAUCGCUGGAGCAGUGGGCAGUUCACCGCUGACGCAACCUAAAUUUGACUUCUGGGAAGCAACACAAUUUACGGAGGACGUCUACCGCGCAUUUGACCCGAGAUGCGCCGAGAAUAUCGGAAUUGCAUUCGAACAGUUUACCGAAAUGCUUGGCAACGAACAAGGCCGGAGACAGAUUUCAGGAAUGUUGAAGUUCGCCACUUUCCCUGCUGAGGAUUUCUGCGAGUCAGAUAGGCCGGUGACAUCCAAUUGUUUGGUACCAUCUCACGUUGUCAUAGCCGAAUGCGCUGUCAUGCACCUCAUUCAGCCUGUCCUUGAAAAUAAGGCAGAUCUUCAAGCAAAUCCUCGGUCACAGGAUAUUUACAGUACUACACCUCACAAUUGGGUUGCUGAACAUCGAAAUAUACAACUGCUCACCUCAAUCCAGCUAAACAACUUUAUAUUAGCCACGCAGUUCAGAGGAGGUCCAUUUAUGCAAAACGGUACCAGCAUGUACAAUACAAAAGCUGUGUGUAAUUUAAUGAAUGAUGAGUCUUCGCCUCAGAUCGAGGCUCUAAAAAUUAUCAAUGGUAUUAGAGCAAUAGAGGGAAAUGGAUGUUUUUCUACUGCUUUCUCCUUUUCAGUUCUACAGAGUAAGUACAUGACGGAUAUGCCCAAAAAUACGCCAGCUGAAUAUGACCAGCUGAUGAGAUAUCUUCUCAAGAAAGAUUUCGAUGAAGAGGGUUGGGCCUGUAAGUUUCCAAUGAUUCUUAACCGUCAAAUCAUCUUUCAUUCUAGCAAUUCGAUGAUUUCAGCUGUCGAUCGUGCGUCGCUGUGGCAAAGGUGUACAGAGCUUGGCACAUUCCCAACAACUGACGGAGCCGUUAACAGCAUCUUCGGUUCGCUCAUCUCUAUAGACUUCUAUGCUGACCUAUGUCAAGUGUUUGGUAAGGAGUUCGAUACCGAAUAUAUUGAGAAAGCCGUCGAGAAAACAACAGAACUUUAUGGCGGUGCUGAUGGAUACAAGGGCACCAACGUUGUGAUCGCCAACGGCGGAGCUGACCCGUUACUUCCAUUGAGCAAAACCUCGUCAGAUGACCCCAGCGUUGUGACUUACGUAGUUGAGGAUAGCUUCCAUUGUGGCGACAUGUUCCCCUUUGAGUUCAAAAAGUAUUCACCAGCAGCCCUUGGAAUGGAGGUUCUUUACAAGCUCAUCCCUCAGAACAUCGACAACUGGAUUUCGGGUGUACCGAGCCCAUUUCACAUCGAUGAACAACAAAAAAAGCAGUCAAAAGGACCAGAAAAGCAGAAGCUGAUGAAAAAACUCGAGCGAAAGGAUUCAAGGCAUCCUCUAGAAGGACUGAGAAGCGCUUUUAAACGUACAAAACAGCAACGACCACGAAAUACUACUCGACUGACACCUGAACAAGUGAGCAUACUACGGCGAGUGCGCUUGGGAAGACCGCCACACGGAUUUUUCCCGAAUCCAGACGUGCUCCCAGAUAUGCCAGAAGAAUACGAAGCCGGAUACUUCACCCAACCCGUAGACCACUUCGACAAUAAAAAUCCCAACACAUUUGAUCAGGCGGAACCCAAUCAUUAUAUGUUACAGAAAUUCUACAAAAAUGAACAAUGGGCGAAACCGAACGGUCCAAUGUUCCUAAUGAUUGGCGGUGAAUCACCAAGAGAUCCUUCAUGGGUACUUAAUGAGAAUCUGACCUAUCUAACAUGGGCGAAGGAAUUUGGAGCAACCGUCUACCUUCUUGAACACAGAUACUAUGGAGACAGCGACUUACUCCAAAAACAAGCUCUUCCAGAUUCUAAUAUCACAAAACUUAUAGGAUCAUUGGCCCUGUGGAUGCGUAAACUGUUCCCCGAGCUGGUUGAUGGAGCAAUUGGCUCUUCGGCACCCCUAGAAGCUAAGCUGGACUUCCACGAGUACUACCAAGUGGUAGAGAAAUCAAUCCGAGGCUACAGUGAGGAUUGUGCAUAUGCUAUAGCAGAGGUACGGCUCAGUCCUGCAUGGGACGAUGUCUCGGACGUACUUGAAAUCGAUAAACAGUUCUUCAUCUCAAACCUUCUAGAAAUGUUUGCAGGUGCUGUCCAGUACAGUGGAGAUAACAGAGGGGGAUAUGCAUUCGGCUAUGGCAUCAAAGAGAUGUGCGAUAUUAUGACCGAACAAGGACGGAAACCCAUUCUGAGCAUAGCCGCCUUCAAUGAAUACAUGACGAAUUUCUACACGGGAAACGAGGAGUUUGAAGGUACAUUCAACGGCUACGAGUUCUUCACCAAACUGUUGUACGAAGCUCAAUUCGCAGACAGUCCUGAUGAUGCAGCUGCAGCGCUCUGGCUAUGGCAGACAUGCACCGAAUUCGGUUUCUACCAAACGACGGACGCCGGCUACACUCUUUUCGGCAACCUGCUACCAUUAAACUUCUAUACACAACUAUGCUCAGACGUGUUCGGUGAGAAGUUAGAGUACGCAACGGAAAACAAUCGACAAGCUACGAUUGAUGUGAAUAAUCGGUAUGGUGGCCGACACAACUACAAGGCAACGAAAGUGGUAAUGACACACGGCUCCCUCGACCCAUGGAAAGCUUUGGGCAACGUCACAUGCAAUAAUUCUGACAAAUGCUUCAUUAUUGAAGGUCGGUGGAUCAGACGGGAUCGAACCGCACAUUGUGCAGAAAUGUAUCCUGCUCGGGAGGGCGACGUAAAAGCCCUUACUGACACCCGUGAAGCAAUCAAAAGAAUUCUCAAGAGCUGGCUGAAGAAAGGCGAUCCAGACGUUCAUGAGGACAUUGAGAAGCGUGAACCGACGGAUAAAAUUGACACCAGCUCUCCACUUGCUCCAAUCGCCCCAAUUGAAACGAACUCUGAGAAAGCAGAUCCUCGGGUUUCCGCCGAGAAGGACCCGAAAAAGAAAUCUGCCGGUAAGAUCAAAAUUAUCACCAUAACUACUGCUGUUUAA